ACAGUGUCUGAAGUCAUGACAGGACAGGCGUUUAGAAAGUUUACUUCCCUCUUUGACCGAUUUUUAGUUGAAAAGAGUGCAGCUGAAACUGUUACCAAAGGAGGCAUUAUGCUUCCAGAAAAAUCUCAAGGAAAAGUAUCCCAAGCAACAGUAGUAACUGUUGAACCAGGCUCUAAAAGAAAGGGUGGAGAGAUUCAGCCAGUUAGCGUGAAAGUUGGAGAUAAAGUUCUUUUGCCAGAAUAUGGAGGCACCAAAGUAGUUCUAGAUGGCAAGGACUAUUUCUUACUUAGAGAUGGUGACAUUCUCGGAAAGUAUGUAGAUUGAAAUAAAUCAUUAUUG